AUGCAAAGAGGAAAUAAGCUUAAUGUGGAUAAAAAGAGGGAGAAGAAGCGUUAUCUAUACAAGAAAAACAGUGUUAAUAUUUCUGGAAAUCAUGGUAGAACAAGAAAAUCUGGGAAACCCCCAAAGAUAGAGAAAAAAAUAAGUAAAAAGAAAAAGAUGAAUAUAGAGAACGAUUUUAGUGAAAAAGAGGAUGUUAAUGUUCCAGAAAAUAGUCAAAAAAAUCAUAUAAUAGAAGAAAAUUUGAAUACUUCCUUAUCGGUUGCUAUGGAAACCGAUAAGGAAGUACCUUAUUAUCAAAAGAAAUUGGAGGUUGAACCUAAUGUUGAAUGGUAUUUAGAAGAGGUUUCUAUUAUUUCAAGUAAAAAGACGAGUGAAAAAAUUAGUGAUAAAUUUGCAGAAGAGUUAUAUAUACAAGCAAAAAAGUAUCUUGAGAUUGAAGAGGAAGAAUAUAUUAGAUUUCAGUAUAAGUCAUCAUCGGAUAGGCGUUUUUUUGAUAAUAUUAUGAAAUCAGGAACAUUGAGUGAUAGAAUAAGUGCAUUGGCAUUAUCAAUACAAGAAUCACCAUUACAUUCAUGGAAAAAUAUGAGAAUGUUGUUAAAUAUGACGAAAAAAAAAAGCAGAACAGAAUGUUUACAAAGUGUUGAAGCGUUAAAAGAUCUUUUUAUAUCGACGGUAUUGCCAAACCGAAAAUUAAAAUAUUUUAAACAACAAGAAUUUCUUGGAUUUAAGGAUGUGACUAAAAAACAUUUAAUUUUAUGGGCAUUUGAAGAUUUUUUAAAGCAUUAUUAUUUCGAAUAUUUGCAGGUUAUUGAAAAUCUUUUGAAAAAUUCUUUAUCUUUUUUACGAGCACGUAUGGUGGGUUGUGUAUUUGAGUUAAUAAGAGAUAAACCGGAGCAAGAACAAAAUUUGCUGAAACUUUUGGUAAAUAAAUUGGGUGAUCCAGAAAAGAAAGUUGCGUCAAAAGCAUCGUAUUGUAUUUUUCAAUUGACUACAGUACAUCCUGCUAUGAAAGAAGUUAUUAUAUCUGAAAUUGAACAAUUCCUUUUUUCUCCUUCAACAUCACAACAUGCACAAUAUUACGCGAUAAUUACUCUUAAUCAAAUGGUUUUAUCAAAUAAAACAAAUAUUGCAACAUAUUUGAUUAAUAUUUAUCUAUUAUUUUUUACUAAACUUACAAAAUUAUCACAAAAUGAAAAUGCAACAGCAAAAUCAUAUAAAAUUCCUUGGAAAGCGAAGAAUAACUUAAAGAAAAUGAAGAAAGGUGAUCAUGAUAUAUAUGAAAAAGAAAUAAAUUCUAAACUAGUUUUGGCUAUUAUAUCAGGAAUAAAUAGAGCCUUUCCUUUUUCAAAGAUUGAUGACGGAGUAUUUGAAAAUCAUGUAAAUGCAUUAUUUGUGGUUAUGCAUGGUAUUAAUUUUAAUACUUCAAUUCAGGCAUUAAUUUUGAUUUUUCAAAUAUCAAAAUAUAAACAAGCUAUUGUCGAUAGAUUUUAUAAAGCUUUAUAUGAAUCAGUUCAAGAUUUUAGAUUAUUUAAUUCAUCUAAACAGAUUAUGUAUCUUAAUCUUCUUUUUAAAGCUAUCAAAGCAGAUACAGAUAAGACGAGAGUAAAAUCCUUUGUAAAAAGGUUAAUUCAGUAUGCAAACAUGUAUCAAAUAACAUUUGUUUGUGGGAUAAUGGUUUUACUUAAUGAGCUUGAGACAAUUCAUCCAGAAAUAAAAUCUUUAUAUAACAGAUAUGAAGAAACUUAUAAUAAAAAAAAAAAUGGACCUGUCAAUAUCUUGAAUGGAAGCAAAAUUGAAUCAUCUAUAAAAAACAAUAAUAUAUCUAUUUUACAGGACACUUCAAACAAGUAUGAUGCUUAUAAACGAGAUCCUCGUUAUAGUAAUGCAGAUAAUUCUUAUUUAUGGGAAUUGAUCCCUUUUCUUAAUCAUUUUCAUCCAAUUAUAUCUUCAUUUUCAAAGUCAUUAUUACAUGGUUAUCAAAUAUCAUCAAAACCUAAUCUUUCAUUAUUUACACUUUCACAUUUUUUGGAUAAGUUCACAUAUAAAAAUCCUAAAACUAAAAUUAUAUCUCGAAGGAGUUCUAUUAUACAGCCAAUAUCUAAACAAAAUAGAAGAAAGUUUUUAUCUAUAUCAGAAGAAUUUUCAGAUAAGCCUUUAAAUAAUGAAUCUUUUAUCAAUCAGAAGAUUGAUCAAGUUUCUCCUGAUGAGAUUUUUUAUUUCAGAUAUUUUUCUCAAAAACAGGCUAUAAAUGAUAAGAAAAAGUCAGCUAAAAUGAAAGCUACUUCUCUUGACAAUGAAAGUAUUGUUGAAGAUAUUUUAGAUGAAAACUUAAGUGAAGAUAUUGAUGAUCAAAGUGGUAUGAGUGAUGAAGGAUAUGAUGAAAGCGAUAUUGACUUUAAUGAAUCUGAAGAUGAUUUAAUUGAUGACGAGCUUAUAGAUGAAGAAUUAUCAACUAUUUCAAUUGGAUCAAAGCGUAAAUUAAGUGAAAAAUCAAAUCAUGUUAAAGGAAAAAAACUAAAACAAUUGCCUAUUUUUGCAUCUGCUAAUGAAUAUUCUGCCAUAUUAGAAAGUUAA